GCCUCUGGUCUGGGACGUCGGAUUGGCUCAGCCUCAAAUUGUUCACGAAGGCGACCUCAGGCCCUACUGCGAGCGAUUGGCCGGCGAAGCCAGACACGCACGGUGAUUGGAGGGUGCGGGCCUGGCGGAAGCGGGGCAGGCCGGGAGGUGACUGCACCAUGGCGGCUGCCCCCACGCUGCGGGACCGCCUGAGCUUCCUGCACCGGCUCCCAAUUCUCCUGAAGGGAACAUCGGAUGACGAUGUCCCGUGUCCUGGCUACCUGUUUGAAGAGAUUGCUAUGCACCCAGAAAUCUCCCAUGAGUCGCUGGGCAGCAGCCAGUGCCUGCUGGAGUAUCUCCUGAACCGCCUGUAUAGUAGCUCUGGCCACGUGAAGCUCAAGGUGCUGAAGAUCCUGCUCUACCUGUGUGGCCACGGCUCCUCAUCCUUCCUGCUCAUCCUCAGACGGAACUCCUCCUUCAUCCAGGAAGCCACAGCAGCCUUGGCAGGGCCCCCGGAUCCUCUCCAUGGGAACAGCUUGUACCACAAGGUGCGGGCGGCUGCCCAGGACUUGGGGAGCACCUUAUUCUUCGACACCAAGUUACCACUGCCUCCCUGCCAGCACCCCGAGACCUUGCCUCAUACAGGCAUGGGCUCCCAGUCCAGGCCGCACAGCACCCUCCAGGGUUUUGGUUACAGUCAGGAAUGGGGCCGCACAGGCUCUGCAGGCGAAGCUUUCCUCUCCACCAUCCAGAGGGCUGCAGAGGUGGUGGCUAAUGUCAUGCGCCCUGGGACAGAGAGCCCCAGUGCCCAGAGGCCCUUGCCACGGGGGGACAUCUACCAGCCUACUCUGACGCCUUUGGCCAGCCACGGCCAGCCCAGCACUGGGACCCCAAUGCCUGGGGCCAUCUCAGGCACCAGAGCUGUGAAGCACCAGCCCGGGCAGGCUGGAGGGGGCUGGGAGGAGCUGGACAGCGGCCCCAGCUCUCAGCAUUCUUCCCAGAACAGUGACCAGCACAGGACCUCAGACUCGGGCAGUCCGUCUGGUAGUGACAGCCACCUGGGGGCCAGCCGGGAACUGGGUGACUUGGCAGACAGGGCCGAGACCUCUAGUGACUGCCACCAGGAAUUGAGCCUGGUGAAGACAGUGACUCAGGGGCCACGUGCCUUCCUGAGCCGCGAGGAGGUGCAGCACUUCAUCAAAGAGUGUGGACUGCUCAACUGUGAGGCCGUGCUGGAGCUGCUGAUCUUCCACCUGGGUGGGACUAGCGAGUGCGCCCAGCUGGUGAGGGUGGAGAGAGCACUGAGUGCCAUUGCCUCCCUCGGGAGUGCAGACCUGCUGCCUCAGGAGCACAUCCUCCUGCUCUCUCGGCCGAAGCUGCAGGAGCUCAGCAUGGGCAGCCCUGGACCUGUGACCAAUAAGGCCACCAAGAUCCUGAGGCACUUUGAAGCCUCCUGUGGACAGCUGCCUCUGGCCUGGAGGCCCCCCGCGGAGGCUGGCCCUGCAGGCAUCCUCACAGGCCCAUCUGACCUGCUGACUGACGCUGUGCCUCCUGUGGGAGGCCACGUCUUCCUCCAGCCUCUGAGUUCAGCCUUGCUCCCCCAUGGGGGCUCGGCAGCCCCCCACACCCCAGACGGCAAGGCCGAGGCCAGACUGGCAGGUUCUCAAGAACAGGGGGUGCAACCUGAGCAGAGCCCCGGGGACACAGACAGCCCAGAGGGAGGCCCCAGCAGCCGCCUGCCAAGCUGCAACUCCUUGUUUGCUGGCAUGGAGCUAGUGGCCUGUCCCCGCCUGGUGGGGGCUGGGGCUGCUGCAGAGGUGUCCUGCUUGGUCCCCCAGGCCCCUCAGACAUCAUCACAGGGGACAGCAGCUGAAGAGUUGGAGCAGUCAGCUUUUGCGUUCCUGAACAUGUGACCAUUGGCCUGGCUCUGGAGGGUUUCAGUCGGUGCCUGCCGGGCUGGUGCUUCCAGAGCAGCCCCCAGGAUUGAGCUACUGCCCCUGCCCUUGGCCGGAGCUGCUGCAGAUUCCAGACAACUUGACCUGAGAGGAAGACCCCAGGGCUACCUCUGUCCCACAUCUCUUGCUGGAGGCUGGCUGUUUAGAUUUGAAUUCCUACAGCAAGGGACAGUCCAUGGCAGGGCCUCCAAAUUGCUGAUCUCAGGGGUCCCAAGGGCAAGCCCCUCACCCCACCCCAGUCUGGCCAUAGGAACCAGGCUUCUUGUGUGGAGGGGAGCAGCUACAAGGCUCUUGCUCUGCCUAGUCUGACCUCUGCUCCCUUCUUCUCAGGGAGGCUGCCUUUUCCUGUGGGGUGGCUGGCGGUGACCAGGAAGGUUUGGUGUGUGCAGCCCAAGGGGGUUUUGUGGCUCCACGAUGCCUCACCUUGUCUGGCCUUUGAUUAUUCUGAGUGUGCCCCACGUGCUGCCUCUGAGCUGUCAUUCUCAGCCUUUGUCACUGCUGCUUCCAAUAGACCUGGCCUUGGGAUGCCUCUGGGUGAUGUAUCCGUGUUUUAGGCGCCUGCAGAGAGCUCUACUGUUUACAUUUUCUGAAUAAACACUACUGUUUGCACAGAGCUGGGCCAUAGCUGCUUUUUUCUUUUCUUUUAUGUCUAUGGAUUUUAAUGAAAGCUCCAUUAAUAAAGGGCACAUUUAUAGGAUUUUUGUCUUAAAAGUAGGGGCAGGUAUCGUAUCUUCCUUAAACAUUUGAUAGAACUCCUUAGUGGUAUUGUCAGUGGUGCCAUCCCUGCAAUUAACUUUUUUUUUUUCCUAAUUUUUAGUUUUAGAGGCAGAGAUCUCACUGUGUUGCCCAGGUUGGUCUUAAGCUCUUGGUUUCCAAAUGAUCCUCCCAUCUCGGCUUCCCAAGUAGCUGGGACUACAGGUACGUGCCACCCUGCCUUGCCCAAAUAACCUUAAUUAUAAUGUUUUUAAUUUUGAACUUUGAUUUCCUUUUUUUUUUUUUUUUUUUGCAGUUUUUGGCCAGGGCUGGGUUUGAACCUGCCACCUCUGGCAUAUGGGGCCGGUGCCCUACCGCUUUGAGCCACAGGCGCCACCUGAACUUUGAUUUCUUAAAAAGAUAGUAGACUUUUUUUUUUUGAGACAGAGUCUCAUUAUGUUGACCUCAGUAGAGUGCGAUGGCGUCACAGCUCACAGCAACCUCAAACUCUUUUGAGUUCAAACGAUUCUCUUGCCUCAGCCUCCUAAGUAGCUGGGACUACAUGUACCCACCACAACGCUCGGCUAUUUAUUAUUAUUUUUUUUUGGUUGUAGUUGUCAUUGUUAUUUAACAGGCCUGGGUUGGAUUCAAACACACCAGCUCUGGUGUAUGUGGAUGGUGCUCUACCUGCUGAGCUACAGGCACUGAGUCAUAAUUUUUAAUAGUUUGUAUCUUUCAAAGAAUUGGUACGCUUUACAUAAGUUACCAAAUUUAUGACUCUUAAGAUGGCGCCUAUAGCUUGGUCAGUAGGGCACCGGCCACAUGCACUAGGGCUGGUGGGUUCGAACCCAGCCCUAGCCUGCUGAAAAACAAAAAACAAAAAACAAAUUUAUGACUCUGGAGUUUUUCAUAGCAUUCAUUAUCUUUUUUUUUUUUUUCUUUUUUGAGGCAGAGUCUUGUUCUUUUACCCAGGUUAGAGUGCAGUGGCCUGCAGCCCAGCUAACAGAAAUCUCAAACUCUGGGCCCCAGUGAUCCUCCUGCCUCAGCUUCCCUAGUAGCUGAGACCAUAGGCGCCUGGCAUAAGGCCUGGCUAAGUUUUCUAUAUUUGGUAGAGACAAGGUCUUGCUCUUGCUCAGGCUGGUCUGAAACUGUGCCCAAGUGAUGCUCCCAUCUUGGGAGCCCAGAGUGCUGGGUGUUACACUUUUAGUGUCUACAGGAUUGGUAAUAAUUUUCUUUCCUUCAAUCUUGAUAUUAAUGUGUGUUGUUUUUUCAUUUUCUUAGUUAGCUUGACUAACAAUUUAUUAAUGUUAUUGAUCUCUUCAGAAAAACAACUUUUGGUUUUGCUGUUCUCUGCUGUUUUUCUGUUCUCAGUGUCAAUGAUUUCUAUUCUUUAAUAUUUCACUCCUGCUUUAGG